AUGUCACUUGACAUUUCCUACAAUUCCAUACAAGGUGAAAUUCCAGGGAUUGGAUUGAGAAACUUGAGCGAGCUGGUGUAUCUUGACAUGAGAGGAAAUAGUUUCAAUGGUUCAAUUCCUUUGCAGUUGUUUCAUUUGGCCAACCUGGAAUUCCUUGAUCUAAGUGAUAAUAUGAUUGAAGCGGUGUUACCUAAUGAGGUUGUUGGUCUUAAAAGCUUGAAACAAUUGAGCUUGGAUGCCAACUUCAUUCAUAGAGAGCUUCUUGAAGAGAUUGGAAACCUCAUUGAACUAAAGAAGUUUACAGUUCCUGAUAAUCAAAUUUCUGGCAGGAUUCCAUUGUCAAUAUUGCAGCUAAGAAAGCUUGAAGUUCUAAACUUGCAGAACAACUCAUUUUCCUUGGAAAUUCCAGCUGAUAUUGGGAGCCUGGUGAAUCUAACAACUUUAGACUUGAACAAGAACCGGUUGAGUGGCGAAAUCCCAUCAUCGAUACAGAAGAUGAGGAAGCUGGAGACACUUCAACUAGAGAACAAUAUGCUGUCUGGUGAGAUCCCAACAUGGUUAUUUGAUCUCAAGGAAAUGAAAAAGUUGCACCUUGGAGGAAACAAACUAGCAUGGAACAACAAUCUGGCUAUCGAACCAAAAUGUAAGUUAUCUUCUUUAUCAUUGAGAUCAUGCAGUGUUAAGGGGCAGAUUCCUAGCUGGAUCUCUAAUCAAACUGAUCUUAUUUACUUGGCUGAAAGAAAUCUUGGAACUAUUAUUCUAUCAGAUAACAAACUCACAAGUCCUUUGCCAUCUCAGUUGUUUCAAUCUCGAAAUCUAUCGGUCCUUGCAUUGUCAAAGAACAACUUUUUUGGGGAAUUGCUAAAAAUCAAUACCACUUCAAUUAUGGUCCUCUUGCUCUCAGAAAAUAAUUUUUUAGGGCCCCUGCCAAAAUCUAUCUCCAAUAUCCACAGGUUGUUGCUACUGGACUUGUCAAAGAACAGCUUCUCUAGUAAUGAAUUUCCAGCAUUUGGACCAGAUAGCUUAAUUGCUUUUGUUGAUGUUUCUUACAACGAUUUCUCCGGUAAAGUUCGUUCGGAUUUCGGACUCUUUACGGUGAUGUUUUCGUUAAGUCAAAACGGCUUUUACGGUCCAUUGCCUGAAAUUUUCAGCAAUUUGAUUAUGCUUGAGCACCUUGAUCUUCAUGACAACAAUAUCAGUGGUGAAUUUCCAGCUUUCUUCUCUCAAAUGUCCUCUCUUCAAGUUCUUAAUCUUAGGAACAAUUCCAUUAAAGGAUCAAUCUCCAAUGAUCUGUCAAGUUUCAGCAGUCUCAGAAUCCUAGACCUCUCUAACAACUACCUCAAGGGUGAAAUCCCUCAAAGCUUGGGAAACCUUAUAAGGAUGAUUGAAACACCUGAUGCCUCAUUAACACUUUCUGAAAUCUUCAAAUUUCUAGUUGAAAUCCAUGAUUUGAUAGUAAAUUGGAAGAAAGCAAAGCAGGGCCUUUCGAUCCAAAACCGGGAUAUCUGUACAUUUCUGGACUUGUCAAAGAACAGAUUAUCAGGAGAAAUUCCACAUUCAUUAGGUGGUCUCGAAAGCUUGAAGCUAUUUAACCUUUCAUUCAAUGAACUUUCAGGAAAAAUCCCAAUCAGUUUUGGUGAUCUAGAGAGUGUCGAGACCUUGGAUUUGUCACACAAUAGCCUUGAUGGUGAAAUACCAGGGACAUUUUCCAAGCUCCUGGAACUAAAUUAUUUAGACUUGAGCAACAACAAGCUUGGUGGUAAGAUUCCUGGAGGACCUCAAAUGGAUACCUUGGUUGAUCCAAAGAUGUAUGCCAAUAACAGUGGACUAUGUGGGGUGCAAAUUGAGGUUCCUUGUGAAGAAGAUUUGGUGCCACCGGGGCCACCAUUGAGGAAGAAACAGGAACCAAUGUUUUCAUGGAUGGCAACAGGGGUUGGGUACCCUGUUGGGUUCUUGUCUUCAAUUGCAGUGAUGUAUGUUUUAGGUUAUUUCAACACUGCACCGGCGUAUCACCGUCGGGGGCGCCGUCGUAGUUCCCUGAGGUGA